CCUCGUUCCGCGCAGUGUCGACGCGCUUCGGUUGCACAGCUUUCCGGAGCUGAAUAGCUCGUGUUUGUCUGUACCGUGCACCGGAAAGGAAAUUCCUCUGCAGCUGCGACUUGGCUUGCACGCCAGACACUUGCAGGCGGCUCGAUUUUGUGUAGCUUUUUGCAGCGCGAGCCGAGGCAUUUUGAGCCGAGGAAGCCCCCACUAAGUUCGGCGAGGCUUACUCACGAGUCAUAGUGCAAUCCUUCUGCAUGUGGAUUUGGAAGUAAGACUCAUAGGGCUCAUUCCGAGCUGAACGAAGAUGCAGAACACCUUGCUGCGCACACGGAUUUAUCAGAGGAACAAGCGGAUGAAGAGGAACAAGAUGAUGCCGGCUCAUCCAUUCUUCCAGACAGCAGCAGCCCUUCAGUGCGGUUCAGCAAGUCCUGCCUGAAAAACGUCUUCUCAGUCAUUCUCCUCUUCAUAUACCUGCUGCUGAUGGCCAUUGCCGUUUUCCUGGUCUACCAAACCAUCGCUGAUUUCAGGGAGAAACUCAAGCACCCAGUGAUGUCUGUCUCUUACAAGGAGGUGCCUUUAUAUGAUGCGCCGGGGAUUGCCCUCUACCCAGGCAAGGCUGAACUGCUGACCUGCAAACAUCACUACUAUGAUUACAUCCCACCGCUGGUAAACCCAGGCCAGCCAGGAAAAAUUGAAUGUAUUACGCAGAGAGUCAACUACACGGAUCCUUUUACUAAUCAAACCAAGAAACAUGCUGUGAUUGUGGAAGGACCUCGAGAUGUGAAGAAGCGGGAACUGGUCUUCAUACAGUUCCACCUAAAUGAGACAGACCUCGAUUUCAGUGCAAUAGAUUACCUUCUUUUUUCUUCAUUCCAGGAGUUCCUCAGCAGUCCAAACAAAUCAGAGUUUAUGAAGGCAUGUGAGAGCUCCUACUCAAGCUGGAAGUUUUCCGGUGGUUUUCGGACCUGGGUCAAAAUGUCUUUGGUGAAAACAAAAGAAGAAGAUGGCCAGGAGACAGUGGAAUUCAGACAAGAGAUCAGUGUGGUCAACUACAUCAAACGGACAACAAAAGCAGGAGUUGACCAACUGUUUUUUGUGGUAUUUGAAUGGAAAGAUCCUUUUAUCCAGGAAGUUCAAGAUAUUGUCACUGCAAAUCCUUGGAACAUGAUUGCCCUUCUGUGUGGCAUUUUCCUGGCUUUGUUUAAAGCAGCUGAUUUUGCCAAACUCAGUGUGAAAUGGGUGAUAAAAAUCCGAAAACGGCACCUCAAGAGAAGAGCUCAAGUGCUGAACCAUAUAAGCUGAGGACCAGGUGCUGCCCAAUGUUCUGUUACACUGGAGAAUAGAAAGGGCAUAAGCCUACGCCAGUGCUGCAGCUGACUUGCACAGACAGGAGGAUUAGUUGCUUUACUGGAGGAUAAGGAACCUACCACUUGAAGUUUUAGAAAACUAACACCUCUAUAAGAUCUCCUACUAUAUCCAUGCUCUUUUCUAAAACCAUGAACUUCUUUACUAAGUUUUUAAAGUGGUAGGCGAUUCCUGAAAUAGUAUUUAACCUUAUAUCAAAAACUCACAGAUGAGGUCUUUUCUGUCCAUUGUUUGUGAAGUUUAAUACCACGAUGACUUCAUCCGAUGUGUGCUCCAGGCAUGGGGGUGCAGCAUUUUCAAUUAACUCAGGGAAAGGAGCAGGCACUGCAUGCAAAUGCCCCUGUAAAACACUCAGCAUUUCCAUGUAUAUCAGGAAAACCCCCCACCUGAAACUGUGGAGAGCUGCUGCCAAUCAGUGUGGGCAAUACUGGGUUAGAUGGACCAGUGCAAGGCCUAUGACCAGGGCCUAAAAGGAUGCUAGCUUCAAGACAUGCUGCUAAUCAAAAGGAGACAAUAAUGUGCAAGAUGGUCUGAUUCAGUCUUAAGGAAACAACUUAAAAGGAACGUUCUAAACAAUGCUCUGGCAGGAAUACUCCAAGGGGUAAAAGUUGUGCACUGGAUACACAUUGAUUCACUAAAGCAUCACAGGCAAUACUGGAGAUGAGUUUGAGCAACGUUGGUUGGCUGCAUAUUGAUAGCAGUUUCCUCCCUCAACAGUCAUAUCUCAAUGUACUACAUCCUAUUGGACUCCUACCCCUUUAAAUUUUCAAUGUGUAGUUACUAAAGGAAGACUGUGGGCCUAAGAACAUCUCAAAAGGGCCCAUUUCUACAGGAAAGAAUGCUGAAAGCACUGGAAAUUUAUCCAGCAUUCCUGUUUGGUUAAAAAGUAUUUGUAUUGAAGAUUUUUCAAUAAAAUUGCAUCUUCUUAAAAACUGA